UCUCUGCUUCCACUGGGCACAUGCUGAUGCCCCUGAGCGGGCUGCUCUGGUGGUGGUGCUGCUGCUACUGCUGUGCCUGGUACCGCUGUGGACUGUGCACCCCGGCUCCCCAGAUGUUGCGCCACCAGGGUCUCCUCAAGUGCCGCUGCCGCAUGCUCUUCAAUGACCUGAAGGUUUUCCUACUGCGGCGCCCCCCUCCAGCGCCCCUGCCCAUGCACGGCGACCCCCAGGCCCCUGGUUUGACAGCCAACAACAACACCCUUCCGGCUCUGGGUGCCGGAGGGUGGACAGGCUGGAGGGGUCCUCGAGAAGGGGUGGGCAGGGAGACCCCUCCUCUGCCACCUCCACCACUUUUGCCACUGUCUUCUGUGGAAGAUGACUGGGGUGGCCCAGCCACAGAGCCACCUGCCUCGCUGCUCAGCAGUGCCUCCUCAGAUGACUUCUGUAAGGGGAAGGCUGAGGAUCGCUACUCACUGGGCAGCAGUCUGGACAGUGGCAUGAGGACCCCGCUGUGCCGUAUCUGCUUCCAGGGGCCAGAACAGGGGGAGCUGCUGAGCCCGUGCCGCUGCGACGGCUCUGUCAAGUGUACCCACCAGCCUUGCCUCAUCAAGUGGAUCAGCGAACGGGGCUGCUGGAGCUGUGAGCUAUGCUACUACAAGUACCACGUCAUUGCCAUAAGCACAAAGAAUCCUCUGCAGUGGCAGGCCAUCUCUCUGACAGUCAUUGAGAAGGUCCAGAUUGCAGCUGCCAUCCUGGGUUCCCUUUUCCUCAUUGCCAGCAUCUCUUGGCUCAUCUGGUCAACCUUCAGUCCCUCAGCAAAAUGGCAGCGCCAAGACCUCCUCUUCCAGAUCUGCUACGGGAUGUAUGGAUUCAUGGAUGUGGUGUGCGUAGGUCUCAUCAUCCACGAGGGACCCUCUGUGUACCGCAUCUUUAAACGGUGGCAGGCUGUCAACCAGCAGUGGAAAGUGCUGAACUAUGACAAGACAAAAGACCUGGAGGAUCAAAAGUCAGGAGGCAGGACAAACCCCCGAACCUCCUCGUCCACCCAGGCCAACGCCCUCUCCUCCGAAGAGGAGGCUGUGGACACCCCUGCCCUUGAGGAAGGCCCUGCCAGGGCAGCCAGCCAGCCCUCAGGCCCUCUGUCCGAUCACCACUGUGCUUACACCAUCCUGCACAUCUUGAGUCACUUAAGACCUCAUGAGCAGCGGAGCCCCCAGGGCGGCAGCCGAGAGCUCGUCAUGAGGGUCACGACAGUGUGA